UCAACAAAUUAUUGUCUAGAAUAUUUCCCGAAAGCUACAAAAUACAAAAGAUUUUUAGGAAAUACGGGAAGUAUAAUACUAGUUGGAAUGUCUUCAUUUGAGGAAUUUAAUUCUUCAGCUGAUUAUCAUUCGAGCUGGACAGAAAUGGACUAUUGUGGUUGUUCAUCCAACAAUUAUUAUGCUGUAACAAUUAUUUGGAGCACUCAUUGUAUGGGAGAAUUUCUUCGUGGGGUUUGGGAUGGUGUUAGAGAAUUUAUGAAAAAUGCUACAUUUGGCUUCUCAGCAGAGUUUAAUGGUGGAUUGAAGGAGUAUUCACAUGAUGCCAUUCUUAUUGUUAUUAAAUGCAAAAAUUGCGAUCGUGGCAUGCUUCUUACCUGUGAUCUUGGAAGGAAUGGAAAGGAAAAGCGUUGGGGCUACUAUGAUGAAUAUCUCGAUAUGAAAUUUAAGCGCGUUCUGAAACCGUCUUUGCCUUAUAGCAAGAUUGUAGAGGUGUUCAAUAAAAUGUGGCAAAAAUACGGCUUAAUUAAUUGGAAUUGUUCGCAUUGGGCAGGAGAUUUCUUUGAAAAAGUGAUUAAUUUGUGUGAUUCUACGGAGGAAUUAAUUCUGCCAGAAUAA